AUGACCCUCACGAAGAAUGCUCACCGAUAUUUAGAGAGUAGGCCCCGACAGAGAGGCCUUACUCCCGUGAGAUGUGUUGGGUUGCCUUCGAAAAAAGGACCAAAUGCUGGGAUACCAUUCAUCCCAAUACCUACUGUCGUUCUCACAAGAAUAAACAACGCACUACCCGCCAUUAAUGUUAAUGAAGUCGGUGCAGACGAUACAGGCCCUGUCGACUCUAGCGUACCAUGUUCAUCUGGUUCCGGGCCCUGUAUCGUUACACCAGAUACUGCAGGCCCGACACCCACUGUCCCCCAUACUUAUGUGGACAUUAAUGGUGUGCGCAGAGUGCCUAUAGGGAAAGGCAAGGCCAAAACUCGGCUCAGGAAGGCGACGAUGCCUAAGAGGCGUAGUGGAAUCACUGUUCCACGGGUCCCGCCGCCACCCGAGACUAACCCGAGACGCAAGAAGCGCAAAAACCGAGUCCUGAAGGACAUUAAGGACCUCCAAAAGACUACCCACACUCUUAUUAAGAAGUUGCCGUUCCAGAGACUUGUCCGUGAGAUUGCCCCAGAUUAUAUGGUAGGCGUACGCUUCCAAUCAGCGGCGAUCGGGGCCCUACAGGCCACUGUUGAGUCCUAUAUAACGGACUUGUUUACCGAUGCGGGACUCCUAGCGAAACAUGCGGGCCGGGUGACUGUAAUGCCCAGAGACAUACAGGUGGCCCGCCGUCUAAACACCAACCAAAACCUUUUGUAUUAA